GCAGCAGGAGGCCGGUGCACAGCAGGGAGCGCGCGCGGUGCGGCUAGGAAAUACGAAUAGUCGACGACCGAGCCGUACGAGUCCGGGCAUGAAGGUGUUGGUGACGGGCGCGACGGGGUUCAUGGGGGGCCGCCUGUGCGCGGCGCUGGCCGGCGCCGGCGACCACGGGGUGCGCGCGUUCGUGCUCCGUGGCCUCGACGCCUCCGGCCUCCCUCCCGCCGUCGAGGUGGCCUACGGCGACGUCACCAACGUGGAGUCGCUCGUUGCCGCGUUCCACGGGUGCGACGCCGUGUUCCACGCCGCCGCGGCCGUCGAGCCGACCCCUCCGUGUUCCACACCUCCGUGUUCCACACCGUAA